CCGCCCGUUCUGUUGAAAGGCAAAGAGGAACAUCGCAUCAGCCGCCGGGUGGGCGGUGCUUGGCUUCCAGGGCAACCGGAGAGAAGUGAAGCGCAUGCGCGCACCAUCCACUUUCUCUCAACCGUCAGCGGCAGCAGCGGCUGGUCGCAGUCGCCAUGUUGAUGCUGGGCAGAGGGCUGGACGCCAGGGAUAACCAGACCAGACAAAUACGGGAAGCUGUUUCAAAUGUGGAAAAACAUUUUGGUGAAUUAUGUCAAAUAUUUGCAGCAUAUGUACGAAAAACUGCCAGGCUACGAGACAAAGCAGACCUUUUAGUAAAUGAGAUACAUGCUUAUGCAGCUACAGAAACACCAAAUUUAAAGUUUGGAUUGAAAAAUUUUGCAGAUGAGUUUUCCAAGCUUCAGGAUUAUCGCCAAGCAGAGGUAGAAAGACUUGAAGCUAAAGUUGUUGAACCUCUGAAAUGUUAUGGGACCAUCAUAAAACUUAAAAGAGUAUGUGACAGACUUUGUUUCCCUUUUUCAUGUUUUAAGGAAGAUCUUAAAGCAACUUUAACAGCAAAGAACAGAGAAGCAAAACAGUUAUCUCAACUGGAGAGGACCCGUCAACGAAAUCCAUCUGAUCGGCAUAUUAUUUCACAGGCUGAAAGUGAAUUACAGAGAGCCUCUCUGGAUGCAACUAGAACGAGUCGGCAGUUGGAAGAAACAAUUGACAAUUUUGAAAAACAAAAGAUAAAAGAUAUUAAGAACAUACUUUCAGAAUUCAUUACAAUUGAAAUGUUAUUUCAUGGAAAAGCCAUAGAAAUUUAUACUGCUGCAUUCCAAAAUAUACAAAAUAUUGAUGAGAAUGAAGAUUUAGAGGUAUUUCGGAGUUCACUUUAUCCACCAGAACAUCAAACCCGUUUGGAUAUUGUUCGUGCAAAUUCCAAAUCUCCCCUUCAGAGAACUGGUUCUUCCAGAACUUGUACUGGAAUAGUCCAGAUUGCUAGGAAUCGCCUUAAGGAAGAGGAGGCAGAUGAAGAGGAGGAAGAGGAAGAGGAAGAAUUAGAAACCACUAAGGAGGAAAGAUAGCUUUUGCCACAACAAAAUAUUCCUCAAAUUAAAAAUGCUAAUUGUAUUUACAUUUCAUGUUAAGACAUCAUAAGGACAGCCAUUAAAAUUAUAACAAAGAUACAUUAUUUGACCACCUUAUGAUCUCUUAAUUGUAUAACAUGUACAAAAAGUUGCUAAAAUGGAGAUAUUCUUUAAAAGGUGGUGUCAAUUUUGACAAUUACUGUAAGGAAUUCACCAAGUUUGUUUCUUUGCUUUUCAAAACAGACAUUCCCAUUAUUAACAAGGGGAAUGAGGUAUAUGUUCAUAUUUAUUAAAUAUAAGUAGCCAUCCCCCAGUAACAAAGUGAAUUACAUAAAUUUCUUUGAUGUAUCAUGGAAUCUAUCCGCUGUCAAAACAUCUAAAUUUGCUUUGGCCUUUACACAAUGCUAUAAUUCUAAACAAGUACCUGUAGUUCUUGACUUACAACUACAAUUGAACCCCAAAAUUCUGUUGCUAAACAAGACAAUUUUUAUUUUAUUCAUUUUAUUAUUUUUCCACAGUUAAGUGAAUCGGCAGUUGUUAAGUGAAACAUCCAGUCAUUAAGCGAAUCAGGCUUCCUCCAUUGACUUGCUUGUUGGGAGCUGGCUGGCAAAGUUAUAAAUGAUGAUCACAUGACCCUGGGUCAGUGAAGCUGUCAUAAAUACAUGCCACUUGCCAAGUGCCCAAAUUUUGAUCACAUGUCCAUCAGGAUGUUGCAAAACUAAAGUCAUAAGUCACUUUUUUCAGUGCCAUUAUAAUGAACAAACAAACAGCUGUAAGUUGAGAACAACUUAAAAAGAUCUUGAUCAUUAAUCAUUUCCAGCCUUAUCUUCCAGUAUGCCAUAUAACUGGAGAGUUGUCAGUGAAGCCUGAAUGUAAUUUUCUCUGCUCAUCCUUAGCCAGAUUCUUCCCCAAAAUCUAGUUUUUGGUGUUUAACUGAAUAAUGAUAUUUGAUUUGCAACAGAAGCAGUGUGAGUCAGUAUUAAAAGUUUACCUUUCAGCAUUUUAUGGUGUAGCUUUAAGCUUGUAGUCAAAAUUCAUACAUGACUUUAGAAGAAAAAUGGGAUUUAAAUUUUCUUCUCAUUUCAUAAUUAGAAGUAGUGCAUUAUGUAUUAGCAGUAUUCUAACAUCCAUUCUAUUUAAUUGCAGGUUAUCACAUAUUUUAAAAAUAAAAAAUGCAUUUUCACAUUUA